AUGAACUCUUUUGAUCCCCCAGACCAAGGUGCAGAACUAGACUCUCUAAGCUCUACCUUCCAGGCUGCCUUCGAUCGGAUCUUCCAGACCACCCAGAAGGUUAGCGAAGACCCUCUGCUGCGAGUAGCCCAAGGGGCCGAUGUCUCUCUACUCAAAGAAAUCAGUACUCCAGGCGAUGCUCACUCCGUGGAGGCUACCAUUGAGGAUGUGUUCACCAUCUCUGACUAUCGAAUGCGAAUGAACCAUCCCAAGGCUUUCUGCUUUAUUCCAGCGCCUGUCUCACCACUUUCUUGGAUAGGCGAUUGCCUGUCCAGCGCUUUUAACUCUUUUGCUGGAUCGAGACUGCAGGGCUCUGGUGUAGCUGUUGUUGAGCAGACGCUGCUGCAAUGGUUGUCAGCCAAAGUUGGAUUUCCAGACACGUCUGGAGGUAUCUUUGUCUCAGGGGGCUCUAUGGCAAACAUGAGUGGCAUGGUGCUUGCAAGAGAUUGUAUAUUGGAGCCCGAUACUGAACACCUGGGCGUCGCAUAUCUCUCUGAUCAGACACAUCAUUCUGUCAAGAAAGCCCUCCGCAUUAUUGGUAUCAGGAGAAGUCAAAUACGAGUUGUUCCGACGAAUGGAUGCUUUCAAAUGAACGUGAGCGCCUUGAGAGAUGCUAUCAAAGCGGACCGGGAAGCAGGGCUCAAGCCUUUUAUAAUCGUCGCAACAUGCGGGACAACAAACACUGGAAGCAUCGAUCCCUUAGAGGCACUCGCCCAGUUACGCGAUGAAGAGAAGAUCUGGCUCCAUAUCGAUGGUGCAUACGGCGCGUCCGCUUCUCUAGCUGCAACUCGAAGCUCCGUCACCAACGGUCUUGGACUGGCAGACAGUAUCUCUUGGGAUGCACACAAAUGGUUGUUCCAGACAUACAGCUGUAGCCUCAUUCUUGUAAGCAACAGGAUCAACUUGGCCAAGGUUUUCAUCAACGAUGGCGACUAUCUUCGCGAUGCGCUCGAUGACGAAGAGAUGCCCAACUUUUGGAAUCUUGGCAUGGAACUAACACGUCCUUCAAGAGCGCUGAAACUAUGGUUCACCCUACGAGUCCUCGGCGUGGAAAGAUUUGGGAAGAUGAUUGAUCACGGGUUUCAUCUGGCAGAAAUUGCUGAAGCAGAGAUUUUGAAGUUGUCGGAUUGGGAACUCACAAGUCGAGCGAGUAUGGCGAUUGUAACAUUCCGAUAUGUAUCUGCGGAAAAGACUGAGGAGGAGUUGGAUGAAUUGAACACUGCGAUCUCAAAGCGUUUAGUUGAAAACAACGUUGGAUUGAUUCUGACUACAAAGCUACGAGGGAGGGUCGUCUUGAGAAUCUGCUCUAUCAGCCCAGUGCUAAGCGGAGGUGAGAUGGCGGAGGUUAUUCAGCAGGCGGACAAAGUUGCACAGCUCAUUACCAAACGCAGUCAAUAA